UUUCUAAGCUUCACUCUCUCUCCAUCUCUAUCUAUCUUCAAUCGGAGCUAACAGAGCAGAGGUUCGAUCAGAAGUAGCCAUGCAGUACAAGAACCUGGGAAGCUCGGGUCUGAAAGUGAGCCAGCUUUCGUACGGUUCAUGGGUCAGCUUCGGGAACCAGCUCGACGUGAAAGAGGCCAAGUCCCUCCUCCAGUGCUGCCGUGACCAUGGAGUCAACUUCUUCGACAACGCCGAGGUCUACGCCAACGGCCGGGCAGAGGAGAUCAUGGGCCAGGCUAUUCGUGAACUGGGGUGGCGCCGUUCCGACAUCGUCGUCUCCACCAAGAUCUUCUGGGGUGGCCCGGGCCCAAACGACAAGGGUCUCUCGAGGAAGCACAUCAUCGAAGGGACCAAGGCUUCGCUCAAGAGAUUGGAUAUGGAGUAUGUUGACAUCAUCUACUGUCACCGCCCAGAUUCCUCCACUCCGAUCGAGGAGACUGUUCGGGCCAUGAACCACGUCAUCGAUAAGGGUUGGGCAUUCUAUUGGGGUACCAGUGAGUGGUCUGCACAGCAGAUCACGGAGGCUUGGGGGGUCGCCAAUAGAUUAGAUCUCGUUGGUCCUGUUGUUGAGCAGCCUGAGUAUAAUUUGCUGUCCAGGCACAAGGUUGAGUCUGAGUUCCUCCCUCUCUACACCAACUAUGGCAUUGGUCUCACCACGUGGAGUCCACUCUCUUCUGGAGUGCUCACUGGAAAAUACAACAAGGGCACUAUUCCUCCCGACAGUCGAUUUGCAUUGGAGAACUACAAAAAUCUUGCCAACAGGUCACUGGUGGAUGAUGUCCUGAAAAAGGUUAAUGGUCUGAAGCCAAUUGCAGAUGAAUUAGGUGUUCCAUUAUCUCAACUUGCAAUUGCAUGGUGCGCUGCAAACCCUAAUGUCUCAUCGGUUAUCACGGGUGCAACCAAGGAAUCUCAGAUUCAAGAGAACAUGAAAGCUGUUGACGUGAUCCCUUUGCUGACUCCCGCUGUGAUGGAGAAGAUUGAGGCCGUCGUACAAACCAAGCCGAAGCGCCCAGAAUCGUAUAGGUAGACGCAUGAUCAUAUUUGUUCGAGUCCCUUUGUUUGUUUCUGCACAUUGCAGGCUCCAUUCUUCCAACAUCUUAGGAAAUAGAAAGUUCAUGCCAUUUCUAUUAGUAAUGCUGUAUGGUCUUUGUUCUUUUCACAUUGCUUUGCUUUGGACUACACAUGGUUGGUCUUGUUCUCUCCAAUUUCAUGGUGUUUUCUUCUUUCCCUUGAGGUAUUAUGACAAUGGGAAAGAAGAGCAUGUUGAUAGUGGACCAGUGAUCUACGUUGAACUGUACUGUAAUGAAUCAUUUGUAUUUCCCUUUUUCUGUUUCCCUCUCAUUGAUUUGGAUAUUGGACUUGUUGGCUUCUGUGUUA